UGCCGCAGGAAGGGUGCAGUGGGCGGGGCUCGCACUGAGCAUGCGCAGUGUGCCUGGCACUAAGUUCUCUUUCUCAGAAGUGGAGUGAUACAUUGUAUCCACAGUGCAGCAGCAGCAGCAUCAUGAGGGACCGCACCAAGGAGCUGGGAUAUGGCGACACUGAUUCGGAGUCUGACGAGUGUAAGGUGUUUAUUGAGAGCCGAGCAAAUGGAAGUCCUGAGGAAAAGGAGAUCGAUCAGCAGCUGUUCCAAACGAUUCGGGAGAUCCGGGAGUCCCUGCAGGACCUCGGCCGCAAAGUGAAAGAGCUGGAAGCCAGUCAGGUGAAGAUCCUCAGCCAGCCGCUUCCUGAGGAUAGUAUGAAAAGAGAUUUACAGACCUUGCGUGAGGAGAUAAAACACUUAGCAAAAAAUAUCCGCAGCAAACUGCAAAAAUUAGAGGUGAAGGAGGAUGAUGAAGAGGUCAAGGGGUCAGUCCAUAUACGUAUGAAGAAGACACAGCACGGGGUCCUCUCCCAGCAGUUCAUCCUGCUCCUGAAUAAGUGCUACACAGUACAGACGCAGUACCGGAACAGCAACGUGAACAGGAUCAAACGCCAGCUACAGAUCACUGGAAACAGUGUUACCGAUGAGCAGUUUGAGGAGAUGCUGGAGAAAGGAGAGACUGACGUCUUCACAUGUAAUAUCCUGAAGGACACACAGGUUAGUAAACAGGCCCUAAAUGAAAUUGAAGCCCGACAUGAGGAGAUCUUGAAGUUGGAGAAGAGCAUUGUGGAAUUACACGAUAUGUUCAUGUAUCUGGCCAUGGAGGUGGAGUCACAGGGAGAGACCAUAGACAACAUAGAGAAGAAUAUCUUCCUUUCUACGGAUUAUGUGGAAAAGGCCAAUAAGCAGCUGGUGCAGGCAGUGGAUAACAGACAGAAGGCGCGCAAGAAGAAAGUAUUUAUUGUGAUAUGCGUGGCCGUCUUCCUCAUCAUCCUCAUCCUCGCCAUCAUCCUGGGCGUCAUGCUGUGAAAGAAUAUUGCUCCUUCUACAUGAACUGGAUGCAUCGAGCUACUGCCGUCCUGGUCCCCGUCUCCGCCACUUGAAUGGUUAUCUGGAGUUUUCCCUGUGGGUUCAGCCGGGUGUAUGCUGAUAACCGGACUAUUUCCAGAGGGUCCAGGGCCGGGGCGCGAUAACUGAACCCCUGUGGUGCCUUAUUUUCAUUACUACAAUGUGUGUUUGUGUGUGUUUUGCAAGUGUGCCUUCUUCUGCUGCUAAUCCAUUGUGUCACCAGUUUAUAUAUCUCUGUAUAAUUUAGCUGCGCGCCAUCAUUACUGUCCCCAGCCACGUAUGAGGGGUAGACUGGCGCGGCCGCAGAUACAUACCCAUCACAGUAUACCUGUCUGGUCAGGGACGUACAGUAGGUGUGGUCUGUCACGGGGCAGUUCAACUGCAAUACCGGGGCAUUUAUAUUACCCCCACACCCUUGCUGGCUUCUGAAUGCUGGGGAGACCAGCCAGGCCCAUGGAUUCUGCUUCAAGCCUGGCUUGUUGAUGACGGCCAUAUUGCUCUGAGGAACCGGUUUUCUAAAAUGGCUCCUGAUUUUCACCAGCUGUGAUCCCUGAAUGACGACGCCUCUGUUAUGGAUGAGCCCCACUAUAGCAGCGCAGGCUAGUCAGUGUAUCAACGCAUGAGCCUCGUACUGAAGUAUUUCAUAGUGUGUCUGUCAGAAGAUGUCUGCUACAGUAGUGCACCAUCGAUGGCGAUACAGCUGAGGCGGCCAUUUUGUGUGCUGAACCAGUUUCAACACUGAGGCACGAGAAACCUGAUUCAUCACAGAUAAUGGCUGCCACUGUUGUUUUUGCUGAGAAGCCCGGUUACUGUAUAGUCGCCAUUUUAUCUCCGCCCUCUUCCACUUCCUGCGCUUGGAUGCUGGGGACGCUUUGAGCGGUGUAGCUUCACACACUGCAGCCAAAGGGAUGAAACUUGGACUGGUCAACUCUGGAACUCUGAAUACUGUAUGUGCCGUGUGGCUGGACACAGGCAACUCACGCUGGCCUGUUCCACACAAUAUCCUUUCUAUAAGUAUUUUACAUCAAAUAAAGUAUAUUUCUACAUUUAAAUAAAAUCGCUGUCUAUUCUUCCCCAAGGAAUGAGGAGGACAGUACAUUUCGCUGUCUGGCUAUAGCUCAGGCUGUACAGAUGCACCUGUUGACGAUAUUCAGUGGAGGCAGAUGUUUUGUGGAUAUAACAAAAUGGCUGCCUGAAUGUCAAGCAGGUGACUGAUAUACGUUAAUACACAGUAAAGAGAACACAACUCUUUACUGCGUUGUUUCCAUUACACUGAGUGCUAGUGUCCAGCAAUUUAUCUCGUGUGUUUCAGUGUGAAAAUUUGUACAGGUGGGAGAGUAGGGUUAGGCGAGUUUUCACAUAUGUCUUUGAAGGCUGUGAGACGGCAAUUCAAUUGUUAUCACCCCCUCCCCCGGCAGCUAUUCAGUAGUUUCUGCCGGCAGGCACAUUAAAAUUUUUGCUUGCAGUCCCCGGUGCUGGCGAACAGAAAUGUGUGUUAAAACAAUUGGCGCUCAUACAAUUGGAUACCACCCUGCUUAAAGUGACGGGGAGAUGCAGUUUAAGGCGCCCAUUAAACAAUUGAAUCACCCCUGAGUCUAGACCUGGUAGGGAAUUCUCAAAAGUGAGCAGCAGCGCAGGAGAAGUCUUAAAAGCAGGAGUGACAGGUAGUUAUCAGACACUAGAGGGAAGAGGCUGGUGGAUGUGGCGCGCUGGGAGCGGACAGAAGCAGGGGAUGGACGUGUGGGUGAAAGGCCAGAGGACUUGCAGUACUCAGUCGUAGAUGUUGAGGGAAUGAGUGACCUCUGGCUACACCUUGGUUAGAAGAGGAGCAUUCUGGCAAUAUGCUGAAAGUGACGGCAGAAACUGGAUGUAUGGAGUAGAAGGCUGUGUCAGAUACUGGAUAGGUACAGUGCCUUGCUAAAAUAUUCACCCCCCUUGGCUUUUUACCUAUUUUGUUACAUUACAACCUGUAGGUUAAUUUUUUUUUUUUUUAUCUGAAUUUUAUGUGAUGGAUAUGCACAAAACAGUCUAAGUUGGUGAAGUGAACUGAGAAAAAUGUAUAUAAAAAAAGUUCUGGUGCAACCAAUUACCUUCAGAAGUCACAUCAUUAGUGAAAUGAAGUCCACCUGUGUGCAAUCUAUGUGUCACAUGAUAGAAUAAACACACCUUUUCUGAAAGGCCCCAGAGGCUGCAACACCACUAGGCAAGAGGCAUCACAUCAUGAAGACCAAGGAGCUCUCCAAACAAGUCGGGGACAAAGUUGUUGAGAAGUACAAGUCAGGGUUGUGUUAUAAAAAAAUAUUGAAAUCUUUGAUGAUCCCCCGGAGCACCAUCAAAUCCAUCAUCUUCAACUGGAAAGAACAUGGUACCACAACAAACCUGCCAAGAGAGGGCCGGCCACCAAAACUCUCAGACCAGGAAAGGAGGGCAUUAAUCAGAGAGGCAGCACAGAGACCAAUGGUAACCCUGAAGGAGCUGCAGAGUUUUACAGCAGAGACUGGUGUAUCUGCGCAUGUGACUACAAUAAGCCGUACGCUCCAUAGAGCUGGGCUUUAUGGAAGAGUGGCCAGAAGUAAAACAUUACUUAGUGUUAAAAAUAAGAAGGCACGUUUUGAGUUUGCCAAAAGGCAUGUGGAUGACUCCCCAAAUGUAUGGAGGAAGGUGCUCUGGUCAGCUGACACUAAAAUUGAACUUUUCGGCCACCAAGGAAAACGCUAUGUCUGGGGCAAACCCAACACAUCCUAUCACCCCAAGAACACCAUCCCCACAGUGAAACAUGGUGGUGGCAGCAUCAUGCUGUGGGAAUGUUUUUCAGCAGCAGGGACUGGGAAACUGGUUCAAGUGAGGGAAAGCUGGAUGGUGCUAAAUACAGGGAUAUGCUUGAGCAAAACCUGUUUCAGUCUGCCUGUGAUUUGAGACUGGGACGGAGGUUUACCUUCCAGCAGGACAAUGACCCGAAGCAUACUGCUAAAGCAACACUCGAGUGGUUUAAGGGGAACCUUUAAAUGUGUUGGAAUGGCCUAGUCAAAGCCCAGAUCAAUCCAAGUGAGAAUCUGUGGUCAGACCUGAAGAUUGCUGUUCACAAGCGGAAACCAUCCAACAAGAAGGAGCUGGAGCAGUUUUGCCUUGAGGAAUGGGCAAAAAUCCCAGUGGCAAGCUCAUAGAGACUUAUCCAAAGUGACUUGCAGCUGUAAUUGCCACAAAAGGUGGCUCUAAUAGUACUGACUUUAGGGGGGUGAAUACUUAAGCAUGCUGAAGUUUUCUGUUAUUUUGUCCUAUUUGUUGUUUGCUACACAAUAAAAAAAUACCCAAACAUC